GAAAGUCAAGAAUCUCUUUUGCCUCCUCGAAAACGGCAGGUUUGUUCUUUGUUAAACUUUAACUUUCUUCUGUGCGUUAUUGUCGCCCGAAGUUACCUGUGAAAAUGCAUGGUCCCUUUGUUAUCUUGGCUCGAUAAAUGUUGAACUGGAGGGACAAAUGUGUAAAAGGUUUACGUUGUAGUGAACAAGAUAAACGCGAGUAGGGUCAAAUAGGCCUAUUUUGUUGAUGUAUAUGUAGUUAGAAUUUUUUGCUUUGAUUAAAGAAGUGUUCACUUCUGUGGCUACACAUGUAAAAUAAACGUCAAACGUUGGACAGUUUUUUGUUACUCUGACUAAGACUAUAUGCUUUUAUAUUUGAUUAACCGCGACCUUAUUGAUUAAUAAACGAUUUGAAUUUAAAUUACGCUUUUAUGCCGCACAAACGGGAUGCAAACAAACCAGCUGUUGGCCUUAUGGCUAUUUUGGCGCAAAGUGCUCAGCUUGCACCGGGAGAGAAAUACAAUGCUUCCCGGAACGGUUCAGGCUGACAUAAGAUAAUAGUCGACAGAGGGGCAAGACAGGUGUGAAUAAAACUGAAGGUAACGAGAAACCAGUUAAACAAGAAAAUAAGGUCAAUUCGGAGUGCAAUUCUUAGACCUUUGUACGGUGAUAUUUACAACAACAAAUAACACUUUCCAUUUUUUAACAGGUUCUACCCGACCAUAAGGAAAAGCAGAACAAUUUGCCUUGCAAGAAAGUCUUCAAAAUAACAAUAAACGUACUGCCACGGUCC